AUGGCCCCGUCGCCGCCCUACGCGGCCGCGUCGCCGCCUCUAGUGGCCCUGUUGCCGCCCUUCACGGCCCCUUCAGCUGCCAAGCAGCCGAACCGCCGAGCCGCCCAGCAGCCGAACCGCCGAGCCGCCCAGCAGCCGAGCCGCCCAGCAGCCGAGCCCCCCAUCAGCCGAGCCGCCCAGCAGCCGAGCCGCCCAGCAGCCGAGCCGUCCAGCAGUCGAGCCGCCCAUCAGCCGAGACGCCCAGCAGCCAAGCCGCCCAGCAGCCAAACCGCUGAGUCACCGAGCCGCCGAGGCCACCGUCGAGUCGCCACUACCGAGCCGCUGCCGCUGAGACGCCGUCAAGCCGCUACUGUUCCUACCGGCGCACACCGGCCCUACCCACCCGGUCUGGUGAGAGCACUCCCUGCUAGACCAGUGCUGUCAUGGCUACCCCCAGUGUCCUUACCUUUGAUGCUGAGGGUCGUGCUGUUGACUUCGAGGGACCACUUCCUCUCUGUUUGCCCCACAACACUCACUAUUGACCUCCUCGAGGAGUGCCUCCUGGCAGCUGAGAAGAGUAUAGUCGCUGUAGAAGCCUCUAGAGGUGACCCGCGUGCCCCUGUCUUUGAGGCGUGCUCACCCUCCCCCCUUUUUCCCUCUGUUGCCUCUGCUCCUGCCGUCGACUUCGUUGGCAUCGAGUCGGUCGGCGCUGCGUCUGCCCCUAGCGGGAGACGCCUCACCGACAAGGGCAAGGGGGGCAAGGGCGCUGGAGGGGCUGGCGGGGGCGGUGGAGGUGGAGGUGGAGGAGGUAGAGGGAGUGGGGGUGGUGGUGGGAGUGGUGGCGGGGGUGGUGUUGGUGUAAGGGCCUAA